GAGCGGUCUUUGCAGGUGGGGCCAAAGAGCCACCCUGAGCCUAAAAAAGAGCAUUAUGUCACCGAAGGCACAAGACCAGAGAACAAAAGAACCACAGAAGCCAUGUCGAAGCAACACAGUGAAGUGGGCUCUGCCUUCAUUCAGACCCAGCAGCUGCACGCAGCCAUGGCUGACACGUUCCUGGAGCACAUGUGCCGCCUGGAUAUCGACUCUGCACCCAUUACAGCCCGGAACACUGGCAUCAUCUGUACCAUUGGCCCAGCUUCCCGGUCAGUGGAAAUGUUGAAGGAAAUGAUUAAGUCUGGAAUGAAUGUGGCUCGUAUGAACUUCUCUCACGGAAGUCAUGAGUACCAUGCAGAGACCAUCAAGAAUGUACGCACAGCUACAGAAAGCUUUGCUUCUGACCCCAUUCUCUACCGGCCAGUGGCUGUGGCCCUGGACACUAAGGGACCUGAGAUUCGAACUGGGCUCAUCAAAGGGCUGGACUACAAGAACAUUUGCAAAGUGGUGGAAGUGGGCAGCAAGAUCUACGUGGAUGAUGGACUUAUUUCUCUGCAGGUGAAACAGAAAGGGGCUGACUUCCUAGUGACCGAGGUGGAAAAUGGUGGUUUACUGGGCAGCAAGAAGGGCGUGAACCUCCCUGGCGCUGCUGUGGAUCUGCCUGCGGUGUCAGAAAAGGACAUCCAGGAUCUGAAGUUUGGGGUAGAGCAGGACGUGGAUAUGGUGUUUGCAUCUUUCAUUCGAAAAGCAACCGAGGUCCACGAAGUCAGGAAAGUCCUGGGAGAGAAAGGCAAGAACAUCAAGAUUAUCAGCAAGAUCGAGAAUCAUGAGGGAGUUAGAAGGUUUGAUGAGAUUCUAGAGGCCAGCGAUGGAAUCAUGGUGGCUCGUGGUGAUCUGGGCAUUGAGAUUCCCACAGAGAAGGUCUUCCUGGCUCAGAAGAUGAUGAUUGGUGGGCGAUGCAACCGAGCUGGGAAACCUGUCAUCUGUGCCACGCAGAUGCUGGAGAGCAUGAUAAAGAAGCCCCGCCCAACCCCCGCCGAGGGCAGUGAUGUGGCCAAUGCGGUCCUGGAUGGUGCUGACUGCAUCAUGCUGUCUGGUGAGACGGCCAAAGGCGACUACCCGCUGGAGGCUGUGCGCAUGCAGCACCUGAUAGCUCGUGAGGCUGAGGCAGCCAUGUUCCACCGCAAGCUGUUUGAAGAACUUGUGCGAACCUCCAGUCACUCCACAGACCUCAUGGAAGCCAUGGCCAUGGGCAGCGUGCAGGCUUCUUAUAAAUGUUUAGCAGCAGCUUUGAUAGUUCUGACGGAGUCUGGCAGUGGCAUCUUCCCUGUGCUGUGCAAGGACGCAGUGCAGUCAGCCUGGGCUGAAGAUGUGGACCUCCGGGUGAACCUGGCCAUGAAUGUCGGUAAAGCUCGAGGCUUCUUUAAAAGUGGAGACGUGGUCAUUGUGCUGACUGGGUGGCGUCCAGGCUCCGGCUUCACCAACACCAUGCGUGUAGUGCCUGUGCCAUGA